AUGCAGUUGGCGCAAUAUAAUGCUCAAAGCAAAGCAGCAACUGGCGGAUAUAUGAUAAUUGAACCGAAUGCAAGCCAAAACAAUUAUCAUCAAGCAUCACAAAGCAGUUAUCCCCCACCUCUUCUUCACAUGAAUGGAGGAUUGCCGAGGGAUCUUCAAAAUAACUACAGUGUAAAUAGUACCUCAACACAAAUGGUGAACCAACAACCUGCACACCAAUCAUCUCGGACUCAGGCAACCACCACACCGGAGGAAAGAAAUACCAUUACAAAUGGCAGGUCCAUGAUGAAUAGUGUUAAUAGGAACAAUAAUAGUAAACUUAUCCAGUUGACAGAUGCUCCUACCGCCGGUAGUAAUAACAUUCCAUACAAGGUCCAAAAGGCUUUAGUGGAGGGGAAGAUGAUUCCGUGUAUCAACAUGAAGCCCAACGUAUGGACGGAUAUGUUAGUGUCACUGCCAGACCUAAUUACUCAUUUUUUCAACAACGUCCCUGUACAGUCAUGCCAACAGGUCUUACAGGUUCUAGGAAUUGAAGUUUACAAAGCAAAUUCUGAAAUGUUAACAAAAGCCUGUGGUAAACAGGCUAUGAAAAAAAGUAUCUACGAGUGGCAUAAGCGUUUCCAAGAUGGCCGUGAAGUGGUUGAAGAUGAAAACGUAAAAAGUGACAGAAAUGGUUAUGAACGACUGCCGAAUCACGAUGAAAGAUGUCGCUGA